AUGUCUACACAAAAAAUUCAGCAACUACUCCUCCAUCUCCAGCAACGUCUACACCCCAAUCAACGCCUCCUCUCCUCCACCGUCAAAUAUUCCAUCCACAAUCUCCGAUUCGCCUCCGACUCCACUCCAAAACCCGCCGUCAUCGUCACGCCGGACCACGAAUCCCACAUCCCUCCUCUCCUCCGCUGCGCCAAAAGGAGCGAUCUUCAGAUCAGAACCCGAAGCGGCGGCCAUGACUACGAGGGCCUAUCCUCCUUCACGACGCAAGAAGUUCUCUUCCUCAUCCUCGACUUGAUCAAUCUCAGAGAAAUCGUAAUCGACGUUGACCGGAAAACCGCCUGGGUCGGCACCGGCGCCACCGUCGGGGAGCUCUACUACCGGAUUUCGGAGAAAAGCCCGGUUCUGGGGUUCCCGGCCGGGAUCGGCCCGGCCGUCGUCGUCGGCGGCCAGUUCAGCGGUGGCGGCUACGGCACCAUGCACCGGAAGUACGGCCUCUCGGCCGACAACGUCGUGGACGCGAAAAUAGUCGACGCCCGCGGCAGGAUCCUUGACCGGAAGUCGAUGGGUGAGGAUCUGUUCUGA